UGUCUAUGACGUCUUGUGAUCACAAGACUUCUUCAUUUUGAGUUUUCUGUCAAGAUCGAAAUUGGAGAAAAAAGGCCUUCCCUUUUGGGAUCUACGGGUUUACCAGCUCCAAUUUUCCAGAAAAUAACACCAAGAUGAGGUACUUUAUGUCUUACCUGUUCGCGCUACUCAUCGCAUUCGCCAUACCUAUAUUUUCGUUGUACUAUCUUCUCAAUGGAAAGGGUGAGCAAAUCAGUAUUGCAUGGUUCCUGGAAAAUACUUCCCCCUACAUGUGGGGAACACUGGGAAUCGCCUUCUCGGUCGCGUUCUCAGUGGUGGGUGCCGCGAUGGGCAUCCACACGACCGGAGUGAGCAUAGUCGGAGGAGGUGUCAAAGCCCCCAGGAUCAAAACCAAGAACUUGAUCUCAGUCAUCUUCUGCGAGGCCGUGGCUAUUUACGGACUGAUCACUGCCAUCGUGUUGUCGGGAAUGUUGGAGCAGUACAAAGAGCCGCUGCUGGACAUUAACAUCAAGUACCAGAACUGGAUGGCCGGCUAUGUGAUGUUCGGUGCUGGUCUGGCGGUGGGGCUGGUGAACCUGUUCUGCGGUAUUGCCGUCGGCAUCGUCGGCUCCGGGGCUGCUCUGUCCGACGCCGCCAAUGCAGCCCUGUUUGUUAAGAUCCUUAUUGUUGAAAUCUUCGGGUCUGCCAUCGGUCUUUUCGGCCUAAUUGUUGGUAUUUAUAUGACAUCAAAAGUCAAAAUGGGCAACCAGUAAAUAAUUUAAGAAGACUUCAAUUUGAUCAUAACAAAAUUACAAAGCACUGGACUUCAUAACCCAGAGAAUACCCAAGGAAUAUCAGUGCUAUAAUAUAAGAGCUAAGUUUCAAUCAGUGUUAAACUGUAAUGUAUAAUGAAUUAUUUUGUUAAUGUGUUGCGGUUGAUGUAUUUAACAUUAAUAUAACAUACCUGUUAGUUUCUGGUCUUAGCACUUGUUGUAUGAACGCUCAAAAAACUUACUGUCCGUCUUUAAACUAUUAACUUCAAAAUGUGCUGAGAUUAGGUUAUUGGAGUGUUUAGACAGUUUUUAACAAGUAAUUGUGUUGUUAAAUAUCAGACAUUUGUCGAAAGUGACUAGGCAAACAGUGCUUUGCUGCAAUCCGCAUGAAGAACUGUUUUAUCUAGUCAUUUGGUUAAAGCUCAAACAUUCCAUGAAAUCUUAUUACAACUUUUAUGAAGCUCUGAUUGGUAAGUCUGUACAUUAUAACUGGAUGUAUCAACUCAAGAUGUGUAAAAUGAGUAUUGUUCACAUCAGAAAUUGAUAUUAUAUAAAUGUUUACUUAGGUAACUCCAGAUUUUUGAUUGAAAAAUAGAAAAUGAAUUAUUAGUUAAUAGUAAAAAAAGUUAGCCAAUAUUAUUUUCUGUAGAUGUGAACAUACUUGUCAAUCCAUACCCGAACCUCAGUUGUAAACAUUCAUUCAACUUUUGUCAAAUAUAUCAUAUUAUAACAUAAUAUUGUAGUCAUUGAAGAAUAUAUGAUAUUUCCCUAUUGAAUUGAUGUCUGUAUUUUUUAUAAAAUCUUUAAUAUCUUCAAUUGUAAAUAUUAGUUUGCUUCCUUUUUAUGAAAUAUUAAAAUCACUUAAUUUAUUGUACAAUGUAAAAAAAUCAAUAAUUUUAGGUAUCAAUGCAAAUGCCAUACUUUUUUUGAAGAAAAAUAUCAAAUCGACUCGGAAAGCACAAAGCUUCUGCACUGCUACCACGAGGAACAAAUUGAGAAAGUAUUAUGGUGUCUAAUGCCUACUGAUGCGGUUUAUGUUGAACAUGUUUGUGCAAAUGUAGAUAUAAUGUAUGUUGAUGAAUAAAUAGCUAAAAC